AUGCUAAAUAAUCUUCGAUCUAAGCCCUACAGGGCAGCCUGGCGGCCGACGCUCGAUGAAGUGCUGAACAACGCCACGUCUCCACCGUACAUCCUCAACGCUUUCAUAAAAUAUCUCUCCCAAAACCAUUGCCUCGAGACCUUAGAGUUUAUCCUGGAGGCGAAGCGAUAUCGCGAAAGCUACAGGUCAUUAGUCGAACCGGCAGGAGAAUCCAUAGUGACAACCAACUCCUCGGCAAGCAUCAACCUGAGUAUGCUCUAUCAGCUUCUCCUGACGACGUACAUUCUCCCCGGGGCGGCCCGUGAGGUUAACCUGUCUGUCAACGUACGUGAUGCACUCUUGCGACACAAAAAUUUGUCGACACCACCCCGGCCCGAGACUCUUGACCCCGCCGUGAAAUGCGUUCACGACCUGAUGGAGGAUUCAAUCUUCGUUUCGUUCCUAAACAGCCCCUCCACCUCUUUGCACAGAGACCCAACGUUGAAGGCGUCGAAUCAAAACGAUAGCAGGCCCUACCUCCCGGCUCUGAUCUCAGAAAAUCAGCCGACGAAGCUAGUACAUACUAAGCGCCCAUCUCUUAGUCUUCUUGGAAGGGAACUGUUAUGGCCUCUUUGGAAUCGAUAG